UCCGAACUGCGCAUGUCACGGUUAUCAUGGGCCAUCCGCAGCAAGAUAGAUUGGCAGACCAAGAUGCAGAAUACCGAGAUCUUGGAACGAUGGCGGCAGGAAGCUUUGGAACAGCAACAGGGCCUCCCGACGGAGGAAAAACUAACAAGCAACAUGAUCAAUUAUGUGCUCUCAGAGUUGGAGGGCUAUGCGAAGCUUUCUGACCCAGCUACUGGAAUACAGCAUGCAUGCAACGAGUCCGUUUUCAGUUCAAGUCGUCUUGUUCCAAAGAACCUCAAUGACGCCCUGCGUGCUGAAGUUGCGAAGCUCGAAGAUAUUCCAGAGGACGAGAGGGAUUGGCACCCAGGCUCCAACGAACAGGUCCUCGAUCUCGUUCACCCCUCGCUUCACUGUGUAGUCUAUGGCCGCACACUGGCCAUCGACGCGAGCAUUCCAAACCAGCUCAAACCCCUUCCAGCGCCAAAGCGCCGCAAGAAAGAGAAAAUGUUCUUAUCACGACGACUGGCAUGGCUUCCGUCCGAUUUUGCCGUCGACCACGAUAGCGCAGUUCGUCUGACCUCACCGUAUAUCAACAAUAUCCACCCGUCCAAGAAAGAACUAUACGCCACAUUGGAGUCGAUCCUGGCGGCUUUCAUUCCGAUGUUCGAACGUGUCUUGGGGUCCAUCGAUCGGAUGGAGCGACCGAGGAUCGAUGGGUCUUUUCCCCGCCGCCGGCGCAACACAAACGACUCAAAGCCUCCCGUGAAUCUGCGUGGCAAGACCCUGCAAGUCAUCGUCAAGCUCGCGAACAUACACUUGACGCCAGAGAAGCCUGAGUACGGCGGAGGCAGCUGGCAUGUGGAAGGCAUGCUGAAUGAGCGUAUCGUGUCGACUGGGAUAUAUUAUUAUGACUCGGAGAAUAUCUCUGAAUCUCACCUUGCGUUCCGCGUGUCGACAACGGCACCUAAAUAUCACACGCAAGACGACUUUGUAUGCAUGGAAUUCCUCUACGGGAUGAAACUAAACGAAGGUCUUGUGCAGGAGCGAGGCAGCGUCCAUACGUCGGACGGGUUGGCGCUCGCGUUCCCCAACAUUUAUCAACACCAAGUCCAGCCCUUCCGUCUCCUCGACCCCACCAAGCCCGGCCACCGCAAAAUUUUAGCCUUCUUCCUCGUCGAUCCGAAUGUGCGCAUUAACUCGGCGACAAACGUGCCCCCGCAGCAGAAACAGUGGUACAGGGAAGCACUCGACGUUCCCGAGGCGGCCUCAGGGUCCGGCCAGGUUCCCCGCGCCUCCGCGUUCACUGUGGAGGUAAAGAAUAUGAUCGUUGAACAUGUCGACGGGUUGAUGACCCGAGAGGAGGCGGAGCAGUAUAGGGAAGAACUGAUGCAGGAGAGACGAGGCUUCGUCAAUACUUACAAUACUGACGUGAUGGAGGUCCGGACGUUCAGCAUGUGCGAGCACUGA